AUUCACGCAAUCACACUUAACACUGCGCCGCGCUCGACGAAGUAUCUUGUUUGUCUCAUAGUCAGUUUGUCUGUUAUACUGUCGUGUCAUGAUGGAUUCGUCGUGGCUUUCGUCGCCCUUUGCGCUAUUAUUGAUUACUCUUAUCGUCAUCGGCGUUCUGAAAAUUGUCGCUGUGCUGCAUCAUUCAUAUUUUUACUGGAAGAAUAAGGGUAUACCUUACCUGCCAGAUUCGCUAUCAUCUUUUAUAACGGGUUGGAAAAUGAUUCUGGGUCGUAUCAGUAUCAUCGAUUAUUAUCAAUAUGCAUAUAAUUACUUUCCGGAUGCAAAAUAUGUUGGACUAAUGGAAUUUGGUACGCCUAACGUGCUAGUGUGCGAUCCUGAGCUGGUCAAAGACGCCAUGGUGAAGGAUUUUGAAUCCUUCCCGGAUCAUCGCAGUUUCGUCGACGACAGCGUGGAACCGCUAUUUGGCAAGAACAUCUUUUCCUUGCGCGGAGAUCGUUGGAGAGAAAUGAGGAAUACAUUAAGCCCCUCUUUCACCGCCAGCAAGAUGAAGAUCAUGUUUGACCUGAUAUCGGAAUGUUCUCACAAUUUCGUUAAUUACUUGGUCGAUCAUCCGGAAAUCUGCCAUGCAAUCGAAAUGAAGGAGGUCUUUAGACGAUACGCCACCGACGUAAUUGCUACGACAGCCUUUGGCAUAAGUGUGAAUUCUAUGAAAGAUCAAGACAAUGAGUUCUAUAUAAGAGGAAUAGAGGCUACCAAAGGAUUUUCUGCUGGACCGCUAGGGAUGGCUAAGAUGGUCCUUCUUGAAAUGUGUCCACGGCUCUCUAAAUUAAUAGGUCUGUCUUUUUUCCCGCCGGCUACCAGCAAGUUUUUCAAGAAAAUCGUGGGGGAAACCAUUAGAGCGCGGGAAGAGCAAGGUAUCGUCAGACCGGACAUGAUUCAUUUAUUAAUGCAGGCUCGGGACAAAGAAGGUCCCACUGUACAUAAAAUGACAUUGGAUGACAUCGUUUCGCAAGCCUUUAUUUUUUUCUUCGCUGGUUUCGAAACAUCUGCGACGCUGAUGUGUUUCGUUGCUCACGAGCUGGCAGUUAACCAAGAUAUACAAGAUCGUUUGCGCGAGGAAGUAGAACAGCAUCUUGCCGAAGGAAACGGUGAGAUUUCUUACGAGUCGCUGUCGAAGAUGUCUUACAUGGAUAUGGUGAUUUCCGAGACUCUUAGAAAGUAUCCGCCGGCGAUCAUGACCGAUAGAGUUUGCGUUAAGAAAUAUGAACUACCUCCGUCGCGACCAGGCUGCAAGAAUGUGAUCGUCGAACCCAACAAUGUAUUGACGUUUUUCAUUUAUGGUUUUCAUCGUGAUUCGAAGUACUUUCCGAACCCUGAUAAGUUCGAUCCCGAAAGGUUUAACAAGGAGAACAAAGACAAAAUUUUACCGUACACUUAUCUACCAUUCGGUCACGGACCUAGACAAUGUAUUGGCAAUCGAUUUGUUCUCAUGGAGGCUAAGAUUCUGAUAGCUCAUCUUUUACAAAAGUUUACUCUGAAGACUACGGAAAAGACUGUCGAACCAAUCGUAUACGCUAACCACGAGUUUGCGUUGCAACCUGUUGGCGGAUUCUGGAUUGGCUUAGAGAAGAGAGAAACGUGAGAUUCUUGUACGCAAUACAUUGUCGUACGAUAUGUAGCUGUGUUUGAAAAAACAUUGCCGCAUUUUCAACUUUCAAGAUGUUCAACGCGUAUGCACUUUGGAAGAUAAUUGUACAAUAUCCUUUUUUGCGAUGUAUUACGUCAUUAUGCACAAAGCAAAUAACUAAGUCUUUGCUAGUAAAGAAUAAGAAAAUGAAAUAUUACGAUAAACAUUAUGACUUGCGUAGACUGUCAAAUCUACUUGAUUGUGAUCAUUUUUAAUCAUUUAUAUAACUUCCACUUGUCGCUAAAUAGUAUAAUAGGAAUAAUAUAGAGUCAAAUCAAUAUUGUUAAUUCUUCAAGUAAAAACGAAUAUCUCUAUCGCGCAAAUGUCUUUCGCACACAUUUUUCUUUCGAAAUUUAUUAUUAGUUCAAAUAUGUUUGUUGUAAUUUAUUGUAAAUUUGAGCAUUUGAGAUGUAGUUUUUGAAAUAAGUAUAAGAAAACAAUAUCAUUAAUAGAGUCGAUGCAGCACGCUAUAAUAUUGCAUAUGUGUAUUCAUAAUAUUUUUCAAUAAUAUUUUCUUAUAAGUAAGUAUUUUGAAUUUCUAAUAAAUCAAAAGUGACUAUUUUGUUAUAGCUGUAUAAAAUAUAAAUAAUCAAAUUAUAAUAAAUUGACAAAGCUUUUUUUUAUAGCAAACGUGACACAUUUCGAUCAAAAAUUAUUAAUUAGAUAUGAUUGUGAACCUAUGUCAGAUAGAAGUCAAGCUCACUUAUAUCGAGAUGAUAAAAAUUAUACAUAUAAAUCGUAUCUUUAAGUCCAUUGACAGUUAAUUUCAAAUUGAAAACGACAUAAAAACGUUCGACUUAUGUAGAAAUAUAGAAUCAAAAAGAGGGUAGACGACGAAGAGUGUAUUACGACAAGGAGCUGAUAAUAUCGAUCAUAGAAAGCACUCCUUUUGAAAAGAAUUUAAAUGACGAUUUAGAUAAUUAAAACUAUCGUUAAUUAUCCUGAGACUUCCGCAGUAUUGGUACGCAGAUACAGGAUAUAUGUGUGGGCAAUUCUUGGCAACAGGCAAAAACUACGUAAGCUAUUUUGCUAUCACAUGUCACAAUAAAAUUUAUUUAAUAAU